AUGCUAGAACUCUUUGAGAGGAUAGAAGCCAUGAAUGAAAAUGAAGAUGAGCCCAAAGAUUUCAUCAAACUGAACUAUGAAAAACUCUCUACCGAUGAAGUGUCAGAGCUGGUGAUUUCUCCAUGCUGUGGGGCUGUGUCCCUGUUCAUAGGUACUACAAGGAAUAACUUUGAAGGGAAAAAGGUGAUUCACUUAGAAUAUGAAGCAUACUCACCAAUGGCAGAAGCUGAAAUAAAGAAAAUCUGUAGAGAUGUUAGACAGAAAUGGCCUUCAGUCAAACAUAUAGCAGUGCACCAUAGACUUGGUUUAGUUCCAGUAACAGAAGCAAGUGUGAUUGUAGCAGUCUCCUCUCCACAGCGAGUGGCAUCUCUUGAGGCUGUGCAAUACUGCAUCAACACUUUGAAAGCAACUGUUCCAAUUUGGAAAAAGGAGAUUUAUGAGGAGGCGCAUUCUUGGAAAGAAAACAAGGAAUGCUUUUGGGCAAAUGUGGAAAAAUAACUCCACCUCCAAAGUCACUCUACAGUGCAUGCAGAUCAGCCUUUACUUAUAGACACUUUACAGCAGUGGCGGGCUACCUGCGGCCUGUCAGGAUAGUCAGCUGGCAGGCCGCAACACGGUGUUUACAUUGACUGUCCGAGGCAGGAAGCAGUGG